AUGUCUGUUAAACUAUUCUCUUUCGAAGAAAUCUCAAAGCACAACACAGCCGAAGACCUAUGGAUGGUUAUAGACGGGAAAGUCUAUGACUGUACCUCUUUUUUGGAUGAGCAUCCGGAAAACAGAGGUGGUGAAGAAGUCAUGGUUGACUGUGGUGGUACCGAUGCUACUGGUCCUUUUGACGAUAUCGGACAUUCAGAUGAUGCUAAAGAAGCUUUGAUCCCAUUAUAUAUCGGUGAUGUUGACCCUUCAAGCAUUCCAGCUAACUCUUCCUCAACUUCAGGUACUGCUGGUGUCACUGGUGGUGAACAAAAUGUUGGUUUAAUCAUUGCAAUUCUUGCUAUCAUUGUCGCUAUCUUGGCCUACCUUUUAGUACUCAAAUAG